AUGCGCAGGCUAGUUGGCAUUUCCAAAACCACCAGUGUCCCUUCCUUCAACAGUCGCUCCCUCAACGAGGACCCCGAACCCGACAACGACGAACGCCGGCCGUCUUCCUCUUCGGGCAUCAUCCAAUCCUCCGCCCACCCCUUGCGGCGCACCAACUCGAACUCGCUCCCGCGCUCCCCGUCUCAGAAGAGACCGCCCGCAUCCCAUAGCAGCUACGGCGUCGAAACCACGUUAGGCCCACCUCCCUCGUACAGUACUCAGCGAACGCUCUCGCAAGAUCGAAUCCGACUUGAUCGAAGUGCAGCUUCACGAUCUGCAACCAGUCCGACGUGCGAAGAAUCCCCUACCAGAAACAAACGCGACUUGUCUCCUCCCACGUCCCAGCGCGAUCCAUCCCCCUCGACGCCAAAUGAUCGAUCCGCGUCGCCCGAACCCACUCCCGUGCGACUAUCACCCGUGAAAACCGACGCGACACCCUCGACAACCGCGUCUUCUGCAGACGAGGCCUCGGCCCAGGACGUUUCGAGCCCGGAGACGGCAGAAACGGGGAGUGUGCUUACGCCUAGCUCCGCUAUCAGCAAAGAGUGCGCGAUGCCGACCACUGACGCGCCCAGUUCGCAGGAGAAGGAGAAUACAGAGCCCUGUCCGUUGCGACCAGCGCCCUCGGAGGAAGAGAGCAAAGGAUCUAGCAGUGACGAAAAGAAGAGCGAGGAUCUGUUUUUGAACAUCGCAAAGACGGACGCGUCGCGUAGCGGUGGGCAAGGCCAAGGCAAACUCGAAAAGAGACGGUCGCGAGUUUCGCUUCCUUUCUUCAGCAGCACCAGGCCUUCGACCGGAUACAAGUCGUCCCCAAUCCAGGAGCGGUUUGAUACUACUAGCGUGACUGGUCGAUCGGAGGCUCUGAACUACUACAGCAAACGCUCUUCUCUCGGGCAACAUGUGCCAGGCGCAUUUUCGCGGACAUACACGCAGGACUCUGCGCUCCGGACUGGUGGUCUCGACGCGCAAAGCUCUCACCCUGCCGAUGCGCCCCGUAGGACCUUGUCCAGGCGAUAUUCCAACAGCAAUUCAAACACGAACACCAAUACUGAACCGGCUCGCACCUUUUCCCGUCCGAGCACAGCACGCAACAGCCGCCUGGUCUCAGAUGGGGGAGCCUUUCUUGAUCGCCCUCGAAUGCCUGACCACAACGCCACGGAGUCGACCAUUUCCACAACCGCACCCUCGACCGUAUGGGAUGAGCUCGACGAUUUGAAGUCGCGCAUCAAGAAACUAGAAUUGACGGGGAAAUUGCCCCCAUCCUCCGCCGCGGCAAUGAGCACCUCUGAGAGACCGAAAACCGCCACCACCGCAGCAACCACCAUGUCCUCUUCCCCGAAGCACAAGCCGACAGCAGUGCCCCAGCUGACAUCCGCUAUUGAGGGGAUCCCAUCCAAUAUACACCCGAAUCUCCACGAGGCACUGGGCAAUGCCAAAGCCGUGCUCAGCAACGAGGUUUAUCAGAAACUACAGGCAACUGCACAGGAUGCGUUACAAUUGUCCAUGAUGAUGAACCCGGAAGCACACAAUGCUGGCGCAAGUACUGUCGGCCUCUCUGCCAUAUCUGAACGUCAAUUACGGCGUCGAACAGAGAGUAUGUGCAGGAGUCUGACGGAGCUGGCGAUUGCCAUUCUGGCAGAUAAUAAGCUGCCCCAGCAACCUGUAACCAGACCUGGCAGUCGAGAUGCUUACCAGGCCUUACCAGGACUGCGAAGCCGUCGGUACAGCAAUGAGCCCAACGACCGACCUCCCGUUGCCUCUCGAGUUCAGUCCCGUCUCGAAGCUCGACGUACAAGCGCACAGCUCGGACCUGCAUUGAACACUCAUGCAGCACCACCCGAAACCACGUAUCAGACACCACCUACUGCGCUUCCGCCUAUGCCCACAUCUUCCUCAUCACGUAUGGGCCGGACCACGUCACUGGUUCGCAGCAGGCGGACUCCCGGCUAUAAUAUGGACGGCGCUACCGACGAUGAGGAGAGCAGUCCUUCUGUCCGUCCCGUUAGCCGAGCGAUGACCGAAGUGAGUACGUAUCGCCAGGCUGCAAGAGAUCGAGCUGCGUACUCGAGAGAAUACACCGCUCAGCACCCGAUGCCUCAACACCCCAUACCUUCCACAGCUGAGCCCAACUCUGCAACCCGAAGCCAGCUGCCGGCGCACAUCAGCACUCAUCUCGUGCCCAGACGCAAAUACGGGAAUCUCUCGUCUAAUACGAGCAACGUCGGCCAUCAAGAUCACACUCCCGUGACGCCGAAGGAGCCCUGGGGCCGGAUAUCGAUCGUGCCAGCCGUCAGUUCCAGCCCGAUUGAGGCCACACCCGAGAGCCAGAUCGCGCCACGACCGUCAAAUACGCGGAGAAGCCUGGGGUUCACCAGCAGAAUCAGCAGCGUAAGCAGCCGAUUGCGAGCAGCCAAAGGAGAACGAAAUGUGAGCAUGAGAGACACACCGGAAGCGCGAAGCUCCCGGGACAUUGCACCAUCAGGACAAGGAUUGGACAAUAGUGCGCCAUUGGAGAGACACAGCUCUGGCCAGAGCAUUGAACCCUGA